AUGGUAGAGCGUACUAAUCGCACACUCGAGGCAGUCUCAUCUUGGGGACAGGCCAAUCUUGUGCGAUUCAACGCCGCCAAAACACAAGCGUGUGUAUUCACCGCCAAAAAGAGCGAGUUCACCCUAGCUCCCACUUUCCAGAAUGUGUCCCUCGAAUUCACCAACUGUCUGCAGUUACUGGACGUCGAAAUUUCGUCUAAUCUUAACUUCGGACAGUUCAUAGAGUCUAAGGCGAAGGUAGCUGCAAGGAAACUUGGAGUCCUUUCAAAGGUACGGCGGUACUUUACACCGGGACAGCUUUUGACCCUGUACAAAGCACAGAUCCGGCCAUGUGUGGAGUACUGCUGUCAUAUCUGGGCAGGCGCAGCAAAGUACCAACUCGCGGCACUAGAUUCAGUGGAGAGGCGAGCCAAAAAGUUGUUCGAUACCAAUAUGCUGAAAAAGUGGUUGCUUUUGUUACCAUCUCUGGUCCUUUUGAUAAAUCACAUAUCGUGUCACAAGAAUGGUACAUUACUUAAGAUUAAUGCAAAUAAAAAACAAGACUUUAACGAUAAAUUUAAAGAAAAUCGAAUGAAACGAUCAUUGAGUAAUGAGCCUGAAAAGAUACUUCUGCCUCUGAGCUCUAAGUUUAUCAAUAGUGUACUAGAAGAGAAAGAAAAUCAAAUAAAUUCGGAUUUGGAACAACCUUUUUGGGGAAUGAGGGGACGACGAGAAAGUUCCGAAGAAGAAUUAUACGCGGAUAAUUAUCCUCAGAAAAACUGUAAAAACUGCUACAAAAGCUUAUUGACUAACACCGGUGACACAAAAGAGACUCUAUCACCUUUUUGGGGCAAUCGUGGCAGGAGAAGUUCUGAGGAAAUUGAUGACAACACUAUUCCUGAUAAUCCAUUUUGGGGCAAUAGAGGAAGGAGACAGGAGGACGAACCAUUUUGGGGAACAAGAGGACGCAGAGAACAGGAGCUACCGUUUUGGGGAAACCGAGGACGCGGAGAAGAGAUAAAAGUAAAAAACGAGAAGUUUUUAAAUGGAAUGAUGGUGAAUCGCGAUAACAUUGAACCUUUUUGGGGUAACCGCGGAAGAAGGAAAGCUGAAAAACUUACAGCUAAUGGUGUUUUCAUUGAUGAUGUUGAACCAUUUUGGGGUAACAGAGGCCGAAGAGAUACCAUGGAACCGUUUUGGGGUAGUCGUGGUAAACGAAAAAGUCAAAUCUCAAGUAAUAUAAAUACGCAACUAGGACUAUUUUCGGAAAAAGAAGUACCUAAAGCACAAUUACGAGAUUAUAUUGCCGAAACGAUGAAUAACGUUGAAGAAAAUAACAUAGGAAACUUAAGAUUGCGUAGAAGUGAUGACUUUAUAGAUGAUUCUCAAAAAGAACGUAAAACGAAACUGGCAAAUAUAUUAACAAGGUUUAUAGGAAACAAAUUACGAAGCAAAGCAAAUUCUAUAGACACGUCCGAUUUUAGUUUACAUUUCAAACCAACGGAUCCAGAAACGAUGCUUGAUAAUAGAAUGUAUGCUGACCAACCGCGUUACAUAUUAGUAGAGAGAAGUAGUCGUUCUUCGGCUGAAGAUGAUCCAUUCUUUAUCACCAGAGGCAAAAAGUUUUCUCAAUUUGAAGUACCUAGAGGGAGACGGGGUGCGAUAGAAGAACUUUUUAAAUCUGUCCGAAACGAUCCUUACUACAUUGCUCGAGGUAAAAAAAAUCUAGGUGUUAAAAUUGGAAACGCCACGAUCUCAAGAAAUGAUUUGGAUAAAGCAUCAGAAUUAAUUUGUUCAACCAUUAAUCUACUUUCAAAAAGGGACAGGAAUAAUAAAGUGAAAAGAGAUAUUAAUGAGAGUGAUAGAGAUAGAAGAACUAUAUUGAAGACAUUAGCUGCACAACUUCAAGACGAUCCUUACUUUGUUAGUAGAGGAAAGAAAAAUGACAACAGGGCGAUUGACAAUAAAAAUUUAGAAGAUCUUAUUAAUCAAAUGGCGUCAAAAUGCGAUUAAAGUUACUAAUGUCCAAAUAAUAUAAGAGCUACGUACAGGUCUAUGUAGUAUAGCGAUAGCUACGUGGGCGUAUUUAUUAAACGGCUGCAAUACCUUUCUAAUCAAUUAUGUGUAAUUAGAGCAGUUUUAUCAAUAAAAAAUU